CCCGCUGCAUGCAUGGCCGCAAUCGCACGGUGUACUGUCUGACCCGCACCGUAUUGCAAAACUGUACAAACCAACUGACCAAUUUACGACAGACAAACUCGUAAUUUCGUUCCAACAUGGUGACAAGUUGCUGUGCCGUGGGCUGCACUAAUAGGAAGACCCGAAACUCCAAGCUUCAUUUCUAUACUAUUCCGAAACGCAAGACUCCAUUUGAGCAGCGGCGACGUCAGUUAUGGUUGCAGGCUAUUGACAGGGACAACUGGCCCGAACAACAGGUAAACAGGGCCUUCCUGUGCAGUGCCCACUUCAUAUCUGGGGAAAGAUCAGAUGACCCAGACAACCCGGACUUCGUGCCUUCCAUCUUCAAUUUCAACUCAUCUCAGCCCUACGCCCGACGCCAUGGCCGCAAAGUCGGCAAGGUGAGAAAGAAUCAAGACUCGCCAGUCUCGCAUCUUGUUGCAUCUCCACUUCGAAGUACUCCCCCGCCGAGCUCGACUGCAGAACAGAGAAAGAACCCCACAUCCCACCGACAACAACCAGUCUUGUCGGUGUGUGAUGAUGAGCAUCCCAACACCGAAAACAGACUGUCACAAACGAACUCAUCUGCCGGUGUUGGCUCAGUGAAAAUCCCAUUUACCAACAAUACCCCAGUUGCUAGUCCGAAGCCCAGUGUAAAGCAACAACUCACGACAACCAAGAGGUCCAUAGACUUUCCCCAGCCCUUAGAUCUAUCAACAAAUCAGUCUCCGUCGAAACGGUCGCACCUAAAAUCGCCAAACUCUGAAGUUGGUGAACUUCAAGAACCAUUAGAUUUAAGUUCAUCUUCAUCUUCAGAUGUGAAAACUCCUCAAGGUUUUUCAGUUUCUGAAUUCGAGGAUCACAUGAGUGAAGACUGUAGUAAACCUUUGAACCUAACUACAAACCCAGCAGCAUUUAAGCAUCGAGAGUCACCAACGACCAGUUUCUUACCGACCUAUGUCGCUUCUGUCAGACGCAAAGGGUUACAGAUUUCACCGGCUCAACGUCACCAACAUUACAAGGUUGAUGAAGUGAGGGGGAUGACUUUCAAGCGAGAAAACUGUCUGUCACCAAACGGUACUUGCAAUUCCGUACGUUCGUCGGUUUCAACACCGAUAGAGGUGUCAUGCAGAGAUUAUGUGUAUUUUGAGACGUCAUCUUCUCAACCAUACCUGAUCCGACGUAUUGAAGAAUUAAACAAGACUGCAAGCGGGAACGUGGAAGCCAAAGUUGUCUGUUUCUACAGGAGAAGAGACAUACCCAGUUCCCUCAUCCAGCUUGCAGAUAAACAUGCUUUGGCCAUUGAAGAUGAACAAGAAGAGACCCUAGAGGAGCUGACGGAGAAACAGCGCCACCAGCUGAAGCACCGCGAGCUCUUCCUGUCGCGACAGCUGGAGACGUUACCAGCGACCCACAUCCGAGGGAAGUGCACCGUCACGUUACUCAACGAGACGGAAAGUCUGUUGUCGUACCUGUCCAAGGAGGAUGCAUUCUUCUAUUCCCUGGUCUACGAUCCCCAGCAGAAAACCCUUUUGGCUGAUAAGGGGGAAAUCCGUGUGGGUCCCCGGUACCAGGCAGAGAUCACACCAAAGCUUGCUGAAGAUGAGCAAGACGAGAGGGAGCUGAGCAAACUUGAGACCAAAGUCUGGAGCUCUGAGCACCAGCUUCCGGAUCGUCAGAUUGACCAGUUCCUCAUCUUGGCAAGGUCCGUUGGUACCUUUGGUCGAGCCUUAGACUGCAGUAGCUCCGUCCGUCAGCCCAGCCUUCACAUGAGUGCUGCGGCUGCAUCUAGGGACAUUACGCUGUUCCACGCCAUGGAUAUGCUGCACACCCAAGUCUACGAGAUCACCAAGGCCGUCUCAGCCCUGGUGCCCGCAGGAGGACCGGUCAUCUGCCAUGACCAGCUGGAGGAAUGGUCAGCCUCCGAGGCCAACCUCUUUGAGGAAGCCCUGGAGAAAUACGGCAAGGACUUCAACGACAUCAGACAAGAUUUUCUUCCGUGGAAAACGCUGAAGAGCAUCGUGGAGUAUUACUACAUGUGGAAGACCACGGACCGCUACGUCCAGCAGAAACGGCUCAAGGCAGCCGAGGCAGAGAGCAAACUCAAACAGGUCUACAUACCCAACUAUAACAAGCCUAAUCCUAAUCAGAUACCCAGUAAGCCCAACAUCACCCUGGGUACCCCAAUGGGCGUACCAGGAGCACCGGGCGUACCUCCAGGGGUCACACCGGGUACUAGAGCCUGCGAAAGCUGCUAUGCGAGUUCUUCCUACCAGUGGUAUUCCUGGGGUCCAGCCAACAUGCAGUGUCGUCUCUGUGCUUCCUGCUGGAUCUACUGGAAGAAAUGCGGCGGCCUCAAAAUGCCGACCCGACUGGACGGUGAUCGGCCUGGACCUCUACGUAACCGGCCUGAGCGACGACCCAAGAUGGGGACGUUUGGCAUGCAUCGUCCGUUCCGUUGCACCAUCAGUGGAUGUGGCAAGGAGUUCAAGCUGAAGGCCCACCUAGCCCGCCACUGCCAGACCGUCCACGGCCUCACCAUCCGUACCAGCGGGCCCCGGGCCCUGGGCCUCAAGACUCGCCAGGCCUUCUAUCUCUUCACCACGCCCCUCACUAGACUGUCGAGGAGCGUCUGCCCCAGCGUGCUCAACAUUCGCCAUGCUUCCCGCAAUCCGUUUGAUCCCAUCAACAUCGCGGCCAUCAAGCAAGCCUGUCAAAUGCUUAUUCCAGAAGGAGGAGAGGGCAAGCUCAAGAAAUUCAAGCCUCGUAUCUGGCCUAAGGUGGACGUGGUCGUCACGAAGCUGCAAGGAAUGUUAGAAGCCAACAGGAAAAGUGGAAAAGACAUGUCUGAGGGACGAGGCACCAGCGCCAUGGCGUCUAGCAGCCAGCAGGCCAUUUGGACCAAGGGUAGCCGCUCGGACCUGAAGGAGGCCUCGUCCAUCAGCACCAUCUCGCCGACAAUGAUGAGGAAACGGGGAUACGAGCACAGCACCUCCACCGAGGCUCCUGCCAACAAGAGGAUGCAGUUGGCCCCACAACGCCACGUUCCCAAAAGAGGUGAUGGUUCUGAAGAGAAUGGAAGCGGGGAUGCCGGAAUGCAGAUUGAGGACGGGAGGAUGCUCUUCAAGAAGCGUCGACACCUGAGCUGGUUGGAUGCUCCAGACGAUGUAUACUUCCACGCUGAUGAGAACACCAGGAAGCUGCGCAAGCAACUGGCCAUCAUUGCCCAGAAACGCUUGGCUCGGCGCCCCUGGAAGAUCAUACCUCAGACCAAUCGGAUGGUCAGCAAAGUCCGAUCGGCCGAAACUAUCGUCAUUGACUGAGCCAGUUGGACUCGGCAUCAAUUAAUCACAGUUUACCAAGUAAUAUCUUUCCAGGUUUUAGUUCCGAUUUGUGAAGCUGCAUCUGUGAUACAGCUCGGUUGAUAUACGGUAAACUUUUCUGUACUCCUAAGAAAAAUGGAACAAAUUUUUCUUGAAAUA